AUGUCGACCGCCGGUGAAGACGACGACGCGCGUCGAAGCGCGCUCGCCGCGGCGCUGAAACUGCGAAACGCAAAUUUGCUUCGUUUCGCGGGCGCGAGCGCGACGGACGCGUCGCGAGGCGCGUCGCGCGCGAGCGAAACGUUCGAGGUGAAGAACCCGGCUACAAACGCGACGCUCGCGACGGUGCUCUCCACGCCGCGCGCCGCGAUUUCCGACGUCUUGAGGCGAAGCGAAGACGCACAGAAAGUGUGGGCGACGGAAUUCAGCGCGCACGCGCGAGGAAAGGUGAUCAGACGAUGGUUUGAGCUCGUCGAGGCGAACGCCGAGGACUUGGCGAGAAUCAUGACGGCGGAACAAGGCAAACCUUUGAUAGAGUCCCGGGGAGAGGUGGCGUACGCGGCAUCGUUUUUAGAGUGGUUCGCGGAAGAGGGGAAGCGCGUGUACGGUGAUGUCGUGCCUUCGUCGUCGACGGGGACGAGAAUCAUGGUUGUGAAGCAACCAGUCGGCGUGACGGCGGCGAUUACACCGUGGAAUUUUCCUUUGGCGAUGAUCACGAGGAAAGCUGGUGCGGCGCUCGCGGCGGGGUGUUCGAUGGUCGUCAAGCCGAGUGAAGAAACGCCGCUGAGCGCGUUUGCGCUCGGGGUGCUCGCGGAGCAAGCUGGGUGCCCGGAUGGUGUUUUACAAUUCAUCGUGGGCGAUCCGAGCGCGAUAGGCGCGGCGCUGUGCGAGUCUCCCGUCGUUCGAAAAAUUACCUUCACCGGAAGCACGCGCGUGGGAAAGUUAUUGAUGAAGCAGAGUGCGGACACCGUGAAGCGCGUAAGCAUGGAGUUGGGUGGUAACGCGCCGUUUGUGGUGUGCGCCGACGCCGACGUGGACGCCGCCGUUCAGGGCGCGAUGGCGAGCAAGUUUCGUAACGCGGGUCAAACGUGCGUAUGCGCGCAACGUUUCAUCGUGCACGCGUCCGUGGAGGCUGAAUUCGUGCAAAAGCUCGCGGACGCUGCGAGCGCGCUCGUUAUGGGCGAUGGCUUGGAAAAUGAAGACGCCACGCAAGGCCCGUUGAUCAACGCCGCGCACGCCGAAAAAGUCGAUUCGCACGUUCGCGACGCGAUGAGCAAAGGCGCGGUGUGUCACACCGGUGGCAAGCGCGCGCACGGUAGCUUUUAUGAACCGACCGUGUUGUCCAAGUGCACGGAAGACAUGCUGGUGAUGCGCGAAGAAACGUUCGGACCUGUCGCCGCGGUGACGACGUUCGUCGACGACGCCGAAGCCAUUCGCAUCGCCAACGCCACCACCGCCGGUUUAGCGUCGUACGUGUACACCUCUGACGUCAAGCGUACGUUUUACUUUAGCGAAAAGCUUGACUUUGGUAUCGUGGGCGUGAACACGGGCGCCAUAUCCACCGCCCAAGCUCCGUUCGGCGGGACGAAGGAGAGCGGGAUCGGUCGCGAGGGCGGCAAGGACGGCGUUCACGAGUACGUCGAGCAGAAAUACGUCUGCGUCGGCGGCCUUUAG